CCGGCCCCGGCCCUCCCUCGGCCUCGGCGUCCCGAGCAGCGCGGCUCAGAACGCGACGCUGACUCACGUCACCUCGGUUACCCGGGACGCGGCGGCCGCCCCGCGCGGGACGCCGGGGAGAGGCGCGUCCCUGCGCGGAGGAAGAGGCGGGGCCUCGAGGCCCUGGACCUCGGCGCCAUUGGCCGCGGCCGCCGCCACCCGGAAGCAGUUGCGGAGGUCAGCCCUUCUCUCUUCCUCUUUCCCUCCGAGCGGCGGCGGCGGCGGGGUUGUGCAGCCAUGGCCAAGAUCAAGGCCCGGGACCUUCGCGGCAAGAAGAAGGAGGAGCUGCUGAAACAGCUGGACGACCUGAAGGUGGAGCUGUCCCAGCUGCGCGUGGCCAAGGUGACCGGCGGCGCGGCGUCCAAGCUCUCCAAGAUUCGAGUUGUCCGCAAAUCCAUCGCCCGCGUUCUCACCGUCAUUAACCAGACCCAGAAAGAAAACCUCAGGAAAUUCUACAAGGGCAAAAAGUACAAGCCCCUGGACCUGCGGCCCAAGAAGACCCGCGCCAUGCGCCGCCGGCUCAACAAGCACGAGGAGAGCCUGAAGACCAAGAAGCAGCAGCGGAAGGAGCGGCUGUACCCCCUGCGCAAGUACGCGGUCAAGGCCUGAGCCCGUGCUGCUAAUAAACACAGAAUGGCUGCCAUUGC